AGGUACCACAGGAUUCUUUGUUGCUUUUUCCAGAUCCAGACUGACACGGCUACCCCUCUGAUACUUGCCACUCAUACAAGUUUCACUCAAAAAUAAAGAUCAGGCAAUGGAUAAUUAAAAGUGGUGGUGGAAGCCACUGCAAGGGUAGCCCAGCCCCAUUGUCAGCUCUUCCUGUCUUCCCUUUGCAAAAGCUGUGUCUAUUCCCUGCCUGUUCUCUGCCAACACCCCCUCACCAGCCCACCCUCUAUGACACCCCUCACCAGCCCACCAUCUACUACAUUGACUACCCUAAAGGGUUCUGUGAUUCUUUUUGCUUCCUGGUACCUAAUAGCUCUGUUCUGUUACCCUUCCUCUGGGGCACUAUUUGUGAUAAUGAGCACUAUUCACUAUGAGCAGGUUGCAGAAAGAAAGAUACUUUCCCAAGCCUGUCCCUGAAUACAAUUAAAGCAGUAAGAUAAAUUCAGAGUGUUUGAGUUAAGAUGCUGUUUAGAUGCACAGUACUUUAAUCUUCUACUCGGAUGAGUGUAUAUUGCAGAUUCUGCAGAAGCAAACAAUGUGUAUUGGGCAGAGACCCUGACUGAUUUGGAGGUGAGUCUCCCAAUGGUAUGCAUCUUCACUUAGGUAUGACACAGCUCCAGCUUUUACACAUCUUACAUUCUAGUCACAGAAAUGGGGAACAAAGUGGCUUUGGUGUUACAACUAAUAAGUCAUAUUAGUGUUUCCCCAAGUAAGCAAACCACACUAGUUUAUAUACAUUUCCACCACCACAGAUCAUAAUGUGUUUAUUUCCUUCAUAAGGUGGAACAGCAGGUUGGGAUGCUAAAGGAUCUCCCUUGCAAAGCAUUCAGAAGUGCCUAGAUCCCUUGAUGCAUUUUUAACUCUUGGACAUGAGAGGUUCACGAACACAUUCUUAUCUUAUCCAGGAAGGUCAGACAGUCUACAGACAAAGGGAAAAUUUUCCAAGUGCCUGAAGUGUUACCCACAGGCUGUCUUGAGUGAAUCAUAUGGAGUCUCACACUGAGGCAGGUCUGCCUGUCUAACCUUGAACAGAAGUCAGGAAAGUAUCAGGAGUGGCAUUUUCCAUACAAACAUCAGGGUACUGGGACAAGAAGAAACAUUGGUGAAAAGAAGUUCUUUUCUGUCAACAUACUGUGCUGCUGUAAACAGACCUCAAAUCAAAGGAGACGGGGAAUCAUAAAAUACUUCUUUCAAGACCAACCAAAUUCCUGUAUCUUGCAGUCAACACAAGAAAAAGGAAGUGUUCAUAUACGGAGAUGAAACCAUGAAGAGAAAGCAGAACGACUAAUAAUGCUUUUCCGAAAUCGUUUUCUGAUCUUGCUGGCUUUGGCAGCCUUAUUGGCCUUUUUGAGCCUCAGCCUACAAUUCUUGCACUUAAUUCCAGUCAACCCAGUCAAGGAAGAUGGGCUGAACCCUAAGAGCCGAAAGAGAAUAAUGCCUGAUCCUCUGACCGAACCCCCUGCAAUUGAUCCUAUUUAUGAAGCUCGUGUUUACUGUAACAUUCCUAGCAUAACUGAACGCAGCAUGGAAGGUCAUGCACCCCAUUAUUUUAAGCUUGUGUCUGUCCACGUGUUGAUUCGCCAUGGGGAUAGAUACCCACUUUAUGCCAUUCCCAAAACAAAAAGACCAGAGAUCGACUGUACAUUGGUGUCUAGCAGGAAGCCGUCUCACCCUCAGCUUGAAGCUUUUGUUAGGCAUAUGUCUCAAGGCUCUGAAGCCCAAAUGGAUGGCACCCUGAGCAGCCUGCCUCGUUACCCCAGUCAUUCUUUGUGUGAAAUGGGAGAACUUACACAGACAGGUGUUGUACAGCACUUACAUAAUGGACAGCUAUUACGGGAAAUUUAUAUAAAGAAACAUAAACUGCUAUCAAGUGAUUGGACAGCAAAGCAUCUCUACUUGGAGACAACAGGAAAAAGUCGAACCCUGCAGAGUGGGCUAGCACUUCUGUAUACUUUCCUUCCAGAUUUUGAUUGGAAGAAAAUUAACAUAAAACAUCAGUGGAGCACUAUUUUUUGUUCUGGAAGCUGUGAUUGCCCAAUGAGAAACCAUUACCUAGAAGAGGAGCAACGCCGCCAGUAUAGCUUAAGGGUGAAAAACAGCCAUUUGGAGAGAACAUAUGUGGAUAUGGCAAAAAUAGUAGGCAUUCCCACUAGGCAAUUAAGAGCUUCUAACCCAAUAGAUUCUAUGUUGUGCCUUUUUUGCCACAAUGUCAGUUUCCCUUGUACUAAAAAUGGCUGCAUUGACAUUGAACACUUUAAGGUAAUUAAGACACACCAAUUAGAGGAUGAGAGAGAGAGACAAGAAAAGAAAUUUUACUUCUGGUAUGCUCUACUGGCUGUUCAUCCUCUCCUUAAUCAGACUGUUAACCGGAUGCAGCGCAUUGCAGAAGGCAAGAAAGAAGAAUUAUUUGUCCUUUUCUCAGCUCACGAUGUAACCUUAUCACCUGUUCUCAGUGCCUUGGGCAUUACAGAAGCCAGGUUUCCAAGAUUUGCAGCCAGAUUAGUCUUUGAAUUGUGGCAGGAUGGGAAAAAACCCAGAGAACACUUCAUCCGCAUCCUAUAUAAUGGGUUUGAUGUCACAUUCCAGACCUUGUUUUGCCGGGAGCAUAACAUGCAUUCCAGCAAGCCCAUGUGUCCUCUGGAAAAGUUUGUUCAUUUUGUCAAAAGGGGCAUGUUUUCAGUUUUUAAUAGCACUAAUUAUUUUGAUGCAUGUCGCAGGAGACCAUUUUAAAGGGGGGUGUUGAGGAGAAGAAGAAAUGUUAAUUUAUGUGUUGACACAAGGUCUGUGUGUCUGUAUUGGUGGAGGGGGUGGAGUUCACCUUUUGGGUUUUCAAAUUCUUGUACAUUAAAGUACAAAAUAUUGCUUGAAACAGAUUUUAAUACAGUUGUAUUUUCAUCAGAAGACAUUCUAGAUGUUCUGGAGUAGAAAAUAAUUUGCUAGGUUAUUUUAGUAUGCGUAUGAACACAUUUGCUAAAUUAUCUGUAAUUAAUUGAUAAAUUAAGUGUGCUACUGUAAACUGGACAUUGCUUGAAAAAGUUUGAGUAUAGGUUGGGUUCCUCUGUAUUCCAGGGCAGUAUUUGGACACUGCAAGUUACCAUUUAUAAACAAAAUGGUUUUUUUCCACCAUGUUAUCACGAUAGUUUUAAUACAUAACGAGCACACUGGAUCAAAAGUAUUUAUGAAUUCCAACCAUCUGUAGUAUAGUCUUGCUAAAGAAAUCCUGUGACAGGAACAUUCUUCCCUUUGCCAGAAAUAUUAGGGGACACGUUGGCAGAAAUACACGCAUGUGUUUUGAGCAUGUGCAAAUGUAUGCGUGUUUAUUUUGCACACAGCCUUCUGAAAACUUGUCCCUCAGGUAGGUAUGCUGGAUGAAUGGAUAUAAACUUCUCUUCUUUGAUUGCACUUUCAGCACUUUCAUAAAUAGUUUGAACACAAUACAGAAAUGUUAAGGGUGUGUGACUGUCACUAGAAACAGAUAAGUAAAUACUAAUAUUACAGAUAAAUGUGAGGGGAAAAUUAGAAUAAUAAAUCAGUCAGUCUAAUGGCAGAAUUUUUGGAUCUUUCCUAUUAGUAAUUGUAUUCAUGCUGAUAGACUGUGGUACAAACCGAUGUGUUUCAGUCUGAUGUAGUGGCUGUUUGAGGCAGAAAGACAGCUUGACUAAACGCUCAGAAAUUUUGUAGUCCAACUAGUAUUUUUAUAGACUAGGAAGAUGUUAUUUUAUAAGAUGAGUCUGGUACAUACUGUAUUGUGUGUAUGUAUAGCACACUACAUUUUUCUUACCUGCUUGCUUUGCAAAGGGCUGUGAAAAGCUGAUUUUGUACAUGCUUUCCCUUGAUCAGGAUAAACAGACUUAGGAACAAACUAGCUUUUAUGGAUGAUUUACCUUGAUCCACCAUAGUAGGUAUGAAAACUCCAUUUUUAAACUACUUUAAUCUCUUACAAGUAGUUAAUGCAGAUCCAAUUUUUAAUACAAAUGUUUGAAAAAGAUUUUCAUUACUAGAGUAUUGCAUUUUAUAAUGGUGGAGUUUUUUACAUGUCUAGAAAUAAUUAUGAUUUAGUUUGUGGUUUGUGACUUAAUGGUGCUAGUUAAUCAAAGAAAAUGUAACUGAACAUCAGGUUCUCUAACUUGAUCAGCAUUCCAGUCUCUCUGUCUUGUUUUCAAAUGCUGAAUUUGAAUAAGUUUCUAUAAAUAAAGUUUUGGGGAAUAUUUGUACACUUGUGUGUGCUAUGAGUUCAAUAUAAUUCUUACU